ACGCCCCCCGCCGCGCUCCCCUCACCAUGACCGGCUCCGCCGCCGACACUCACCGCUGCCCCCACCCCAAAGGCGCCAAAGGCACUCGGUCCCGGAGCAGCCACGCGAGGCCCGUGAGCCUCGCCACCAGCGGGGGCUCGGAGGAGGAGGACAAAGACGGCGGGGUGCUGUUCCACGUGAACAAGAGCGGCUUCCCGAUCGACAGCCACACCUGGGAGCGGAUGUGGCUGCAUGUUGCUAAGGUCCACCCCAAAGGGGGAGAGAUGGUGGGCUCCAUCAGAAACGCUACCUUCCUGGCUAAGCCUUCAAUUCCCCAGGUCCCAAACUACAGGCUGUCCAUGACGAUCCCAGACUGGCUCCAGGCCAUCCAGAGCUACAUGAAGACGCUGCAAUACAAUCAUACAGGGACCCAGUUCUUUGAAAUCAGGAAAAUGAGGCCUCUGAGCGGGUUGAUGGAAACAGCGAAAGAGAUGACCCGAGAAUCCUUGCCUAUCAAAUGCCUUGAGGCGGUCAUCCUGGGCAUAUAUUUAACCAACGGGCAGCCUUCCAUUGAGCGGUUCCCUAUCAGCUUUAAAACCUACUUCUCAGGAAACUACUUUCACCAUGUCGUGCUGGGGAUUUACUGCAACGGUUACUACGGCUCGCUGGGCAUGAGCCGAAGGGCUGAGCUGAUGGACAAGCCGCUGACCUUUCGGACCCUGAGUGACCUUGUCUUUGACUUUGAAGACUCCUAUAAGAGAUACCUGCACACAGUCAAGAAGGUCAAGAUUGGGCUGUACGUCCCCCACGAGCCUCACAGCUUCCAACCCAUUGAGUGGAAGCAGCUUGUCCUCAACGUCUCAAAGAUGCUGAGGGCCGACAUCAGGAAGGAGCUGGAGAAAUACGCCCGGGACAUGCGGAUGAAGAUCUUGAAGCCUGCAAGUGCCCACUCUCCAACCCAAGUGAGAAGCCGGGGGAAAUCCCUGUCUCCCCGAAGGAGACAAGCAAGCCCUCCGAGGAGGCUCGGCAGGCGGGACAAGUCGCCUGCUCUACCUGAGAAGGUGGCUGACCUCAGCACUCUAAACGAAGUGGGCUAUCAGAUCCGCAUCUAGGCGCGCCAGGCCGGCAAGCUAUCCAUGGUGCUCUUUUCUGCACUUUACCCAGCAGCUUCAGGAGGACCUGCGACCUGUUGAUG